AUGAAGGACCCAAGCAGAAGAUCUUCCAUUCUUCCCAAAGAGAAAGGCAAAAAGGUCUUUAGUACAAGAUUUUCCUUGCCAUCAUUUGUGAAGCAUGUAAAUAAGUUGGCGCAGUGUCAAAAGGAAGCAUUAAAUAGGAUUGGUUUCGGCUAUUUGCUUCUGAUUCCAAAUCAACUGCUCUGCAAAAACAUGCUAGUGGAAUUGAUGGAUAAAUGGAAUCCCAAGAAAUGCGCAUUCACACUUCCUCCUGGGGAGAUCACAAUCACUCUUUUAGAUGCUGCGUUGAUUCUUGGGCUUCCCGUGACAGGUAAUCCUGUUAUUUUAAGAGAAGAUGUCCCAUUUUCAGAUUUAGAGAGAGAAUAUGGUGCUGUCUUAUGGAACAGAAAAAUAACAGUAGCAGCACUUGAAGAGCGACUCAAGUCUUAUGGGGAGGCAGACGACGAAGAUUUUACAAGGACAUUUUUGUUAUUCACGUUUGGAACUUUACUUUUCCCGAAUUCAAAUGGAAAGGUUGAUUCCCGCUUUCUUUCUCUUCUCCAAGACCUUAGUAAAGUGAGUCAAUUUGCCUGGGGAGCAGCUGUUCUCGAAGAUCUAUUUAAUUGGUUGUGCAAAAGAAAAGAAAAGAAUGUUCAGUACGUUGGAGGCUGUCUUAUUUUACUUCAAAUAUGGUUGUACGAGCAUGUCCACGUUGCUUGUCCAAAAUCGUUGGAUAACACACUGAGAUUUCCCCGCGUUUGCCGGUGGGGAAAUAGUAGGUCUCAUCUUGGACAUCGUUUGAAACUUAAAGAGCUGGAUGCUAAUCAGAUAUCUUGGAAACUUGAAUUGACUGCGGAGGAGUCAGAAAUUGAAAUAAUCAAAGAGCUUUUGGCGGCGCAAAGCGAAAGAAUUGCACAUCAUGUGGAUCUAAGCUGUUCCUCUGAUGAUUCACUUAGUAGUGGCAGUGACAUGGUGAUCAAUUAUAGAAGUUCUGAACGAAAGGCAAUUAGCAACGGUGAAUCUGAGGUAGAGAUAGUUGAAGUUUGUGAGCCCAUGGAAAGGUUUUCUAAUCAAUUAUCAAUAGUCUCGACAGACGAUAUUGAUUCCCCACCUACAUCUUGUCACGUCCUAAAUGAUCGAAAAGAGCAGAUAGAGCACUCUCAUGCAUUACCAAGCAGUUGUACAUUCAUCGUAGUCAGUGAUGACGAUGAGGACGAUUUAGAAGAAAGAAACAGAAUUCUGGAAAAGCAGAAUGUAGAACUAAAGGAAGAGAUCUGUAAUCUGAAGAAAGAGACUGAAUAUCUCAAUAAUAAGCUCACAUGUAGCUCAAUGGUUGAAGAUCAGAAUGCUACACUGAGAAAGGAAGUGGAAAACUUGAGACAUGAGAACAAAGUCUUAACGUCAUCAACUCAAAAUCUUGUUGCCCGACUUGAAAGUAUUGUCUUUGAAGAGCACGGGUCGGGGAUUGAAGAUCAUAGUAUUGAGUAG